AUGUUUGUUGGAAGCGGUGAUCGACGAGAUGAUUCGGAGAUGUCCAGUGAUGAUUGCGAGAUGAAACCACAAGCAAUGUUGAGUCAAUCGAUCAGUAUGAUGCCACAAGAACCUCUGCCAUAUCCAGGACAAUUUGUCCCAAGCCUUAAUCUUUACAGCGCUCAUCCACCAAUGCAAUACAUUCCGGACAUGCAUUUAUCUAAUUAUCAGACUUUAUGA